AUGGCGUGGGUGCCAGGUCCCCGACUGGGAGGCGGUGCUGCAGCCGGAUACCGGGAUGCGGGGCCUGAGAAGCCAAGCAACCCUCUGAAAAGCUCUCUGGUCCGCAGCCCGGGGCAACGCGAGACUCUAACCCUCCCGGGGUCUCGCGGCGGGGACGCCGUGUCACUUAUGCGUUCUCUGUCGCCGACAGGAGCUUCGCCCCACGGCCUUGAACCACAGCUGGCCUCAGGUCCCCAGCCUGGUCCGUUUCCAGGCGGCCAGCUGGGUUCUCUGGGCGUCCGCGUGCCCCGAAUGCCCUCGGCGGCAGGACGAGGCGUGUGGCAGGGCAGCACUGCGUCGCCAUCCGCCUCGCAACCUGUGGAGCCGUCCCAGUUCUCGCCGACGCGAUUCCGUCCGUCUUCUAGCCGCCGUUUCCCGUCAGUGGCGACCGCAUCACUGGACCAACUGAAAGCCCUGAGGCUAGAUCUGUUGGAAGAACAAAAGUCUCACCAGCUGAAGAUGGCUGAGAUAAACCGAGAAGCACUGGAGCUCCAAGAAACGCUUCGCAGCCAACAGGCUACCGUUCUGGAGUUGCAACAGAAGCUGAUAAGCCAGCAGAGAGCGUUUCAGGACGAACUCGUUGCGCUUCGUCUCUCCGCACCUCUGGCCUUUGUCUCGCUCUCUCCCGAAGGAACGUGUGAACCGCGUGAGCUCAAGGCCUUGAGCGGCUAUGGAGUGGAGACACCGUCUGGCCCCAACUCCGGGGGGGGAGUCGCGCGUCCUCAUCCAUCAGCGGGAGGAGACAGCCUACUUGCCAGGAAGCGGCAGCUGCAAGCAGCAGAGGAGUCCUUGUCUGUGACACAAGCUAAGCUGGAGGCGACGCGACAAAUGCUGCAUAGCGUUAUCGAGGACGAGGAAGGCUCACGCGCGGGUUCGUCAAACCGGUCUGUUUCCGACCUCGUGCAGGCACUGCCAGUCACCGUGAGCGUCUCCAAGGCGCCGUCUUCAGCCGAGGCCGCAGUGCAGCCAGGUCAAGGCCGAGUUGAGGGCGGAGGCAGAGUGGCGCCAGGGUCGUCUUUCAGAGGGGAGCAGGCGGCGCGGCCGGAGCGCGGCGGAGAGCAACCGGGCACCCCAGAAUGGGCAUCGCCGCCUACUCCGGUCGUUCCAAAGUUGCUGCCAGCAAAGACGAGCGGCAGUCCUCCUUCAAGUCAAUCGAUCAACGAAAGUUCGGCACCCAGUCAUGGUGGGCCGACAGGAGUAGGGAUCGCGAGCGGCUCUCGGGAUCCAGCUCCAGGCUUAACGCCGGGUGGCCUGUCUCCCACCAACGUGUCUCGCCUGCCCGUUUUACAAGACACCUCGCGGAAGUCCACGCUUUAUCCGAUGACCCAGGCGAAAAGGUCGACGCUCACGCUGACGGUCUCUUCAGCCGCGGUGAGCCCGCCCCAGGCUUCCGGGCUGUCGAAGGUGUCCGAUACUGCCGGCGUCAACACUUCCUCAGUAACACGUCAGUCUCUGGAGAUCCCAACAUUCUCCCCUUCGGCUCCAAAGGUGAACAACUCCACCAUCGUGAAGACCUCAACGCCGUCUUAUGUGUCGAGGCUGUCGAACGCGGUCGAUUCUGGAGCAACCAAAACUUCUGCUGUGCCUCCUGCGGCUCAGUUGCUCGGAAAGGCAAACAUGCCCAGAAAUCUAAGGCCGUCGGAGGCUGCAGGUCUUGCCGUGCAUAAGCCGACCUUGCAGCCAACGCACAAGCAGAUACGGCCUGCUCUCAGUCCGCCUGGUUUCUUGGGUUUGGAAAGCUCAGCUGGUGCCUCUCAAGCCCCAACAGGAAAAUGGUUCAACGAGCAGAAUCGAAGACCGAAUAAUUCUAUCGCGACUGGCGUCUUGAAGCCGUCUGUUGGUGCAACGCCAACCCGUGUUGCGACGCAGAAACUCACAACUGGAGAAAAGACGCUUCUACUUCCAUCUGGGCCAAGGAUCAUCGCCCCGAGUUAA